GAGCGAGCGAUGGUGAAUGGAGAGCGGUGAUGCGCUUUCUAAUCGCCAUCUAAUUCGAUUGUUAUUACACGCGUCUAAAACAAAAUAACGUACGCCUCGAAUACCGCGUCCGUGGAAAAUGAAAGUUUGUGUUAAAACUGGAUAAUUGUCCGUACACGAGGCGAAGCGCUCAAUUAUAAAAUUAUUUUACAGUUUAUUUCUCAAAAGAUGGACAAAACUCUCGAUCGUUGUCUGUUAUUUGUGUCCUAAUGCAGUGUUACGUGAAAUGUGAUGUAUUGUGGCUGAUUUGAGGAUUACUUAGCUAUUUGUUGACUGAUGCAGCCAUGUCCAGUGACGAGUCAAGCGUGCGUGUUGCAGUCAGGAUACGGCCGCAAACGCCAGCAGAAGUGGUCGAAGGCUGCGCAAUAUGCGCCCGCGCAGGCGGCGCGGCCGGCGACGGCGGCGUAGCUCUCGGGGCCGAACGGGCGUUCACCUUCGACUUCGCAUUUGAACCUAAUGUCGACCAGCAAGCGGUGUACGAGACAUGUGUCAGGAAGCUGGUGGAAGCGGCUCUCGAUGGCUACAAUGCCACUGUUCUGGCUUAUGGACAGACUGGAUCCGGCAAGACCUACACAAUGGGCAGCGGCUGGGAAGGCGAGGACAGCGCCGAAGACCGAAAAGGCAUCAUACCGCGAGCCAUCAGGGAGUUGUUCGCUGGCGCCGAAGCCAGGGCGGAAUCGGCGAGAGAACAAGGGCAGCUACCGCCAGAGUUCUCAGUUCAGGCUCAGUUCAUAGAGCUGUACAAUGAAGACAUUGUGGACCUACUCGACCCUGCUAAGGAUCCUUAUGCUAAGGGCGGCCUCCGAAUAACAGAAGACGGUUGCGGCGGCGUGAAAGUCGUCGGCGCAUCCAUGCGCGCCGUCCGCUGCGUCAAAGAGGCUCUGGCCGCCCUCCGCGCAGGCGCGCUCGCUCGCACCACCGCCGCCACCAACAUGAACUCGUCGUCGUCUCGCUCGCACGCUGUCUUCACACUACUGAUGAGACAGAGACGACUAGCAGCCGAUCAGGAGAGAGACGCGGAGGCGGAGGCGCCUGAGCAGUAUGAGACGCUAACUGCUAAGUUCCAUUUUGUGGAUCUGGCGGGAUCGGAGAGAUUGAAAAGGACAGGAGCAACAGGCGAGCGCGCCAAAGAAGGCAUCUCAAUCAACUGCGGCCUGCUCGCUUUAGGGAAUGUGAUCUCUGCGCUAGGAGACAGAUCUAGAAAAGUCAUGCAUGUUCCCUACCGGGACUCUAAACUUACUAGGCUACUGCAGGACUCACUGGGAGGAAAUAGCAACACUGUAAUGAUAGCCUGCGUAUCGCCAAGCGAUCGCGACUUCAUGGAAACCCUCAACACGCUCAAAUACGCAAACAGGGCGCGAAACAUCAAGAACAGAUGCGUCGUCAACCAAGAUCUUACUUCUAGAACCAUCAACCAAUUACGACAUGAGGUGGCUAGGCUGCAGUUAGAACUGGCUGAAUACAAACAGGGUAAACGUAUCAUAUCAGAAAAUGGCGAAGAAGGCUGGAGUGACGUCGCACAAGAAAACGCUAUACUAACCGGCGAAGUGGAAUCCCUCCGACGAAGAGUCAAAGCCAUGCAAGGAACCAUAGACCAGCUUUCUGCGAGGAACAGUGAGCUGGUUGCUGAGAAGGCUCUUGGGAACUGGGGACCGAAGGAUGGGAGCCCGGAGGCUGCUGAUUGUUCGUUGACUGCUUUAGUUCAGGGCUACGUAGGUGAAAUAGAAGAACUUCGCGCUCAACUCAUGGAAGCCAACGCUUUAUAUGAAGGGAGUAGACGGCGAGAAGCGAUGGCGGCGCGGACACGACACGAGUCCGUUCACGACCCGUCCUCGAUCAUCGACGAAGCUAAACGGGAACUAUACAAGGAAAAAGAACUCCUAGCCCGCAGCAUGGGUGAACUGGAAUUCCAACGCAAGCUCAACAUGAGCUCAAGCAUAACCAGCGCUGGUGACGCCGACGCCGACGUGUCCAUCAGUGACGUCGUCGGCGUCCGUGAGCUGGCUGAAGGCGAGAGCGCUGAUGACGAGUCGCCUUCCGAUCAGGAGUCUGAUUCAGAGGCUGAGGAACGGGAAGAGGAAGAAGUUAAAGCUCAACGUGCGCUCUCCGCCCAGCUAACCGCUCUGAGCGAUGAUAUUGAUACCAAAGCGCGCCUCAUCGAACAACUAGAGUUGUCUCAACGACGACUGGCAGCCCUGAGGCAGCACUACGAACAACGGCUCGACACACUUCAUACGCAGAUCAAGGCCACACAUGCGGAGAGGGACAAAGUUCUAUCUACUCUCACAUCCCAAGCAUCGCCACCCAGCGAAAAACUCAAGCGAGUAAAGGACGAAUACGAGCGACGUCUCAGCGGCAUGUCGCGCGAACUGAAACGUCUACAAACCGCGGCUAGAGAACAUACGAGGUUGCAACGGUCACAGAGGCAGACGGCUCAGCAGAUAUUGACGCUGAAGAAUGAACUGCACUCUAUGAAACGCGAUAAGGUUAAAUUGAUUCAACGUAUGCGUGAGGAGGCCAAACGACAUCAACAGGCCGAAGCGGCAAGAGCUAAAGAGGUGGCGCAGCUAAGGAAAGAAUCUCGCAAGAAUGCCAACAUCAUUAGGUCACUAGAAGCUGAAACAAAAUUAAAAGAACAGGUAUUAAAACGGAAGCAGGAAGAGGUAUCAUUACUCCGACGGGGACAUCGGGAUAAGCUCAGCAGCCGAGCAGCGGGAAGACUUCACGGUAACCGCGCCCGGACGUCCUACCGCGAGACCUGGUCCCGACUCGAAGCCUGGCUCUCCCGCGCAUGCGCCGCGCGCUCCACGCUCGGCGACCUCGAGAGCGCGCUGGAACGGCACCUUAAGCAAAGAGAACGGGCUAAUCAGGAAGGAGAUGGGCCGCUAUUGGAGUACCUGAAGGGGGCUAUCGCUGAUACGCACCACCAGAUUAUGCAGAUCGAGGAAGAAAACGAUGAGAACGAACUCCCGCGCCUACUAGAACAGGUCGACUGCGCCGAAGCGGGCCGCUACGCUCUCUCGCGUUUAGCGGCCUUAGCGCUCCAAUACGCCCACGACGCUACCCGUCACCAGCAAGCGUUAGUCGACGCUAGAGCGCAAGUCGCGCAGAUGGAGGAAAGCGCCGAACGCGCCGCAGCAGCCAUGCGAGCCGUGGGAGAUCAGAACCUGAACCCGUGGGGCAUGGGCGCCGGCGCGCUGGCUGCGAUGCUCGCCAGAGUAUCCUCGGGGACUAGUACUAGAUCCGUGUCGCCUGUUGACGGGUCAUUUUUGGAGCGACCAGUGGUGACGACGAAUGGCGCGCGGGAGUCUCACACGGCGCCCGCGUCGCCGCCAGAUGACAACAGGAACUCACCAUUCCAGCGAAACACCGUUCGCCGUGGAUCCGUGCGGCUUCGAGACUUGGGCGUGUAUGGCAGCGAAAAUACGGAACCUGACGUGAUGACGCAAUCCUUAUACGAACCGAUAUCCCCGAAGCCCAUACCGCUGAGUCGCGUGCCCAGUGCGCCGGGCAGCUUGAGAGGGCUGCAACCAAUCGCGUCGCCGCUAACCUCACGGCGGGCCCCACCCCCCGAGAGCCCUCGUCCAAUCAGGAGGCAGCACAGCUUGGCGAAACCGGCAUCAUUAGAGGCGAGCGGCGACACUCCGCCGGCGUCCCCCGGCGCGGCGAGACGCCGGGACGACGACGUGUUCCUGAGACUCGCUCCGGCGUCAAAUGAAGCUCCGAUGGGGACAGUCAAGGAAAUCGCACCUAAGCGGGUCAGUGGCGGUAGCGGUGCGUGGUUACAAUGCACACACAUAGCGGAAGGACAUGCUGGUGCCGCGCUCUCAUUGGCUGUGGCACCGGAUAUCCUGUACAGUGGAGGUGUUGAUCGAACAAUCCGUGGCUGGGACCUCCGCUGCGGCGUGGAAUCCUGGCGCGGCUGGUGCGGCGGCGGCGUCAGCGCGUUGGCGGCUGCGGAGGGCGGAGAUUCGCGCCUCGUGCUUGGUGCGGCUGGUGCGGCGGUCAGGCUGUUCGAUACUAGGACUCGCACGCCUGUACACACGCUGUGGUCAUCAGGAGCAGUAGGUGCGGUGCCAGCGGCUAGAGGAGUGGCGGGCGAGGUGGCUAUCACCGCUCUCGCUCUAGCGUCUCCGAGGCGGCUGUACACCGCCGCGGGGGACAAACUCAGACUUUGGGAUCUGCGCAUGAUGGAGUGUGUCUGCAAGCUCUGGAGCGGGCACGCGGCGGCAGUCAUGUGCUUGGCAUUAGGCCGAGCGCCCGCCGGGGACCUGGUAGCGACAGGCUCUAAGGACCACUACGUUCGGACGCUUGGACAUGUGUCCGCAAGACACAGUGGAGGCUGGGAGGCUUGCAAUCGGCGUCUACUAGAGCCUCCACACUACGACGGCGUUCAAGCUUUAGCGCUCUCUGGCUCAGCUCUUUUCAGUGCAUCACGAGACUCCAGUCUGAAGCGAUGGAGUCUCACUGACAAUACGCUCACACACACCGUGAUGAACGCCCACAAAGGCUGGGUGACGGGCGUGGCCGUGGUGGGGUGGGAGGCCGAGACCGGCGCGCUGGUGGCGUCGUGCGGCCGCGACGCCACGCUGCGGCUCUGGAGCGGCGCCCUGCGCCCCGCCGCACCGCCUGCGUCCCUACAAGACGCGCCUCAUGCGUUAAAGGCUGGACACCACGGGGAUACACUGUAUACGGCUGGGAACGGCGGCGACGUGCGAGUGUGGCGCGUGCUGCAGGACUCCUGAGGCAUGCCACAAGUGACGGCCGAGUGCGGUG